GGCCCGGGCUGUCCUGGUGUGUGACUGUCUAUUGAAUAAUUGAUUCAGAGAGGGAGGGGGCGGUUACUAUCAGAUCUGAGCGUAAUGACUUUAUAUAAUUAGCACGCAGCGUUGAAGAAGAAAAAAAAAAAACGUUUGACUGUGGGAGUUUUUUUUUUUUUUUUUUUUUGCAGAGAGGGAGAAAGGAGGGAGCAGUGUUAGGAGGUUCAGUGUGUGCAGAGGAGCAGCCGCAGCCUGUGAGCACACACAGACAUCCUUCUGCACUGACAUCAGCUCAGAUAAGACACGGACACUCUUGAUUUAAGGACAUCUCUCCUGCCGGCAAGGUGAUACACGGAUUCGCUGUCUUCAUCCACCCGCUGUGAGGAUAUUUUCUUUACGCGUAGAGAGACACACAAAAAGCGGCUCUAUGGCUGUUUCUCUUGGCUUCCCUCGUGGUUAUGAGAAGCGGAGCUGAAGUUUGAGGGUGAAUGUUGAUUCUGCAAUUUACCGGAGUGUGAAAGCCCUCGGAGUGUUUGUUGUUUUUUUUUUUUACUGAAGAAGCGGAGUCUUUUCUCCUGUUGUUGGAUUGUUGUCGUUCUCCUGAAGGAUGGUGCUGGACAAGGAGGAGAGUGUGUCUCUCGUCCCCCUCCAGUCCAGAGAGAAGCCGAGAGCCUGCGCCGGCUGCAACGGGAAGAUCCGGGACCGCUUCAUGCUGCAGGCAUUGGACAGGUUCUGGCAUGAGGACUGUCUGAAGUGUGCCUGCUGUGACUGCCGCCUGGGCCGCCUGGGCUCCACCCUCUACACCCGGGCCAACCUCAUCCUCUGCCGCAGGGACUACCUGAGGCUCUUUGGGGUGACAGGGAACUGUGCAGCCUGCAGUAAGCUGAUCCCUGCCUUUGAGAUGGUGAUGAGAGCCAGAGACAACGUCUACCAUUUAGACUGCUUUGCCUGUCAGCUCUGCCGCCAGAGAUUUUGCGUGGGAGACAAGUUUUUCCUGAAGAACAACAUGAUCCUGUGCCAGCUGGACUAUGAAGGAGGCCAUCUUAAUGGCAGUGCAGAGAGGCAGGCUCAAUAAGAGGAUGACUGUGAGCCAGAAAGGACGAUGAAGAGCACAGCGGCGCGGCCCUCAUCGGCUUCAUGUUUCAGGCUGAACCUGGAGACGUUUCCAGCAGCUCAGGAUAAGAGUGAUAACUAUCUUGAAAACUUUUUGUUUCUGAUCACAUGGACCAGAGAAAGACAAAAAUCAUGAAACUAUCAAGGAGGAUAUUUUCCAGAGGACUCAACGUGGUUCUUUCCCCACGUUUCCUUCAUUCAACGUUUGCAGACAAUUUGGGGAGUCUGUGCGCCACACUUGAAACACGAGCCGGAUGGAGAGGAGCCAAUCAGGCCGCGCAUAGCAUCAACCAAGUCAUCCAUCACAGAGAAAACACAGAGUUGUCUUUUUCAAAACUCUCUCUGAUUAUCAAAUUGUUCUGGCAGUCUCUGAGCCGUCCUCUGUGGUGAGCUCCACCCACGCGGCAUGCAGGAAGAAGCCCCAAAACAAACAGAAACAUAGUCACAGAUCCAGAACGCCUCCAACACAGGAGGAUCAUCGGCUUCUCUUUCACCUCCUCCUGCAAGACUCGACUGAACCGAGGGGAACAUCAAACCACACAGACUUUGUUUUCAAUCUGAUCUCGAGCUGUUUUUUUUUCUUGACUUAUUAAACUGAAGUACAAGUUCAGUUUCUUUGCUUAUUAUUUAUGUUCUGCCAUGACCAAAAGAAAACAGAAGAGUCAGCACACUCAGGGUCCUUCAAAGUUCCUAUUAUCUGGGUAGAUCAGCAGACGGACGUGUUUCAGCUCAAAGCCUUCAUCAUCAGCGUUGCAGAUAGUUGCUUUUCUCUUUUUUGUGGACCUGCUCCUGAAAAUGUUUUACUGAUUGAGUGCACAUUUUUCUGAUGAGCAGAUGAGACUGUAGAGAGAGACAAUCAUUAAAAGAUCCUCUUUAAUACUAACAACAAAUAUCAUGAUUUAAACAGUCAGAGUAAACAUUUUCCCUUGAAAAUCAACAGAUCAGUAAAUCUAGUAACUGCAUAGAGGAGGACUUUAAUAUUGACUCGAUAUAAAAUCCACAACAUGGCAGCUGUGGCUCAAUAACCGGAAGGUCGAGGGUUCGAUCCCUAACUGAGCAACAUGUCUAUUGUCCAACACCCUUACAUUGCUCCCGCUGCUUCGGUGGCGGUGUAUGAAUGGAUUAGUGUUGUACUUACUCUCUGAUGUACAUUUCUUUGGAUAAAAGUGUCUGCUAAGUGAAUUGUAACAUUUCAUGCAGCAAAGGUGCAGACGACAUGCUACAAAGAUAAGUGGAUAUAAAUCAGGCGUUAAAAUACUUCAUAUUUAGAGAAACAUCUCUCCUGUGUAUGAUGCUCAUAUUCACACUUCAUGACUUUAAAAUGAGUGUAAAAUAUAUAUUCAUAAAGGUAAAAACUUCACAAGCACAGAGGCAAAUAGACGUACUAAAGAUCAGUGA